AUGAUCAUCGCUAGGCAAACUGUGGCAUCGUCUUCCGAUGACUUGAAUUUGUCCUCUUCUGAAGCUCCGCCUUCUUCUUCUUCUUCUAAUAAUAAUAAUGAUAACAUCAAUAAUAACAAAGGCAGUAGUGCUGACUAUUUUAAAGAUGAUCAUGUUGUUGUGUCUUCUUCAAGCCGAGAGGAGGUUGUAAACGGCUUUCGGAUGAAUCAUGGUGGAGAAGAUGGCGAUCAUGAUCGUAUGGAUUUGCGGGAUGAUGAUGAUCCAUUACAACAGAAAAGCGGAAAAACUAGUACUCGGUCAUGUUACAGCAACGGCAACAACAUUUACGACUCUACUUCAUCAAAUCGCUCAUCAUCUUCACCGCUGAAAAGUAAUCAUUACGAUCGGUUCAAUGGUGACGAUUAUGAUGAUGAACAAGACAUUAACGAUCGAAUGAGUGACGAAGGAAACGAAAUGCAUCAACUUUGCAAUCAUCAUGGAGAGUUUAAUCAAAACAAGAAGAGGAAAAAUUGUGUAAUGGAUGACGUUGCGCAACAAGUAACUCUAGAAGAAUUUUGUAAAUUGUUUGUAGAUUCCGACUUGGCUGUAAAUAACACUUCAAAUAGCGCCGGCGCUACUUUUGUAGAAAAGAUGCAAAGGCAACAAGAAUUUAUUAAGGACAUUGAAAAUACAUUAUAUGAGUUUCCAUUUGUAGAAUCAGAAAAUGCAUCAUCAUCCGAAUAUGACGAUGAUCAAUCGAGUGAUGACUCUUUCUUGCAGUCUGAAGAGUCCUCCUAUGGGUCAGAUAAUGUCAGCGAACAAGAAGAAAACGAGAAUAAUAAUAUUCUGAAUGAGGAGAUUGAGUACCAUUACCGACCCGUACCAAAUAGCUCAAAAUUGAAUAUCAUUACUCUCUCAAGCUUAAAAUUUUUACCAUUCGAACACCCUGAUCGAUUGGAAAUUGAAAAUAUUUUGUACUUUCACCGAUUGUCCAAGUCGACGUGGUUUUCUGUAGGGAUGAAUGAGCACCACACGAAUGUCAGCUCUAACAUAGCAAGUAGCAGCAGUAGCAGUGAGACCAGUCCUGGCACACGAGUUUUGUAG